UCUAAUCACUGACUCAGACUGACUGGACUCUGAAGGAACCCGACCAGUGUGCGCUCCGCUCUAUCUAUACUAAGGCGCGCUCCCGAGGUGUCCCCGCGCGCCCUGCGCCACGCCCAGCCCGCUCCUCCCCCUGAGCCCAGAGCCGGGUCCGUUAGAGAGAGCUGUUCGUUUCUCUGUCCGUUUCCCCGGUGUGCGCAGCCAUGUUCAGCUGGGUCGGUAAUGACGUUCGCAGGAAAAAGGAGCCCGAACUCUUCGAGACGGUGGCCGAAGGGCUCUGCAAACUCUAUCAGCAGAAGCUAUUCCCCCUGGAGGACACUUACCGCUUCCAUGACUUUCACUCACCGGCCCUGGAGGAUGCCGACUUCCACAACAAGCCCAUGGUACUCCUGGUGGGCCAAUACAGUACGGGGAAGACCACCUUCAUCCGACACCUCAUGGAGCAAGACUUCCCCGGUAUGAGGAUCGGCCCCGAGCCCACCACAGACUCCUUCAUCGCCGUCAUGCACGGCCCCAUGGAGGGGAUCCUACCCGGGAACGCGCUCGUGGUGGACCCCAAGAAACCCUUCAGGAAGCUCAGCGCCUUCGGGAACGCCUUCCUCAACAGGUUCAUGUGUGCACAAUUGCCUAAUCCUGUCCUAGAGAGCAUUAGCAUUAUAGACACUCCAGGCAUAUUGUCUGGGGAGAAGCAGCGGAUCAGCCGAGGCUACGACUUCGCUGCAGUCCUAGAGUGGUUCGCAGAACGCGUCGACCGUAUCAUUCUGCUCUUUGAUGCCCACAAGCUGGAUAUAUCCGAUGAGUUUUCUGAAGUUAUCAAAGCACUCAAAAACCAUGAAGAUAAAAUCCGUGUUGUGCUUAACAAGGCAGAUCAAAUUGAAACCCAGCAGCUUAUGAGAGUAUAUGGAGCCCUCAUGUGGUCAUUGGGCAAGAUCAUCAACACUCCAGAGGUGGUGCGUGUGUAUAUUGGUUCAUUCUGGUCCCAUCCACUGCUCAUACCAGACAAUCGUAAACUGUUUGAAGCAGAGGAACAAGACUUGUUCAAGGACAUUCAAUCACUGCCAAGGAAUGCUGCUCUUCGCAAGCUAAAUGACCUCAUUAAAAGAGCUAGGCUGGCCAAGGUUCAUGCCUAUAUUAUUAGUGCAUUAAAAAAAGAAAUGCCAAAUGUAUUUGGGAAAGACAAUAAAAAGAAAGAGCUUAUUGGCAACCUGGCUGAAAUCUACGUGAAAAUUGAAAAGGAACAUCAGAUCUCUCCCGGAGAUUUUCCAAAUCUUAAGAAAAUGCAGGAAGUUCUAAUGACACAGGAUUUCACCAAGUUCCAGUCCUUAAAGCCAAAAUUGCUGGACAAUGUAGAUGACAUGUUGGCCAAUGACAUUGCACGGCUUAUGGUCAUGGUUCGGCAGGAAGAAUCCCAAAUGCCAAUCCCGGUCGUUAAAGGUGGGGCAUUUGAAGGAACCAUGAAUGGUCCAUUUGGCCAUGGCUAUGGUGAGGGAGCUGGAGAAGGAAUCGAUGACCUAGAGUGGGUAGUAGCCAAAGAUAAACCAACGUAUGAUGAAAUCUUCUACACACUUUCACCUGUCAAUGGAAAGAUCACUGGAGCCAGUGCCAAGAAGGAAAUGGUGAGGUCCAAACUCCCCAACACAGUGCUAAGCAAAAUCUGGAAGUUGGCAGAUGUGGACCACGAUGGGCUUCUUGAUGAUGAAGAAUUUGCCUUGGCAAAUCACUUAAUAAAAGUAAAGCUAGAAGGGCAUGAAUUACCAACUGAUCUACCUUCACAUUUAGUUCCACCUUCAAAACGUAAAGGGGAAUAAACACUGUUCUGCCUUUACUUUCUCCUCACCUACAGUCUUCCACACGUAUCUUCUUGAACGCUUCCCUCACAAAGAACUCAAGCAUUGGGAGGGGGAAGUCUGGAACUUGAAUAUAAUCUAACACAGCUUUAAUAAAAUGAAUUAAACCGGACUGGGUUUUGAAGAAACUGAGUCAUGUGUAAGCAGUGAAAAUUUAGUUGUUAAAUUUGUUUAGCAGCCUGUGAAAUAGAGUUGGUUUAAUUACACAUUCUCUUUUUGUGUUUUGAAGAAAGGUCAACCAUUUUUAAUGGAGCACAAGCUAUGCUUUGAGCCACUCUACAUGCAUAGAUUUUGAUUGAACAAAACAAACGCUCUUUUAUCUAUUUUGUGAACCUCCAUAACGUGGCUGCAUUGGCAAACCGUAUCUUACUGCCUCUCUGGAUGCUGAAAAAGGCUACCAAGGAUACAUUUGAACUUUCCAAAUGGACUCUGAAGUCCUUGAUAACAUGUUUACUUGUAUGUAUUUAAAGUGAAGGUUCAGUUAAAAGAUAGUAUGGGGAAGCGCCCAGAUGUUUUUCUGCCAUCCAGGUCUCUGGCAGAGGAAUUUCCCUUCACUUAUUGUCACAAUGACAGUGGUUUCCUCAGACAGAAAGAGGGGAAAAUCUGCAA